AUGUCUAAUACGGCAGACCUCGCCAAUAUUUCCGCCCGGCCAACCUCACCGGCCGCACCUCCAAUAGCUAACGAUGCUCAGGUCGUGCAGAAGCAGGCUCCCGCCGCCUGGGCGCAUUUUGCAGCUGGAGGACUUGCCGGUAUGUCUGGAGCAUUAGCAACCUCACCGCUCGACGUUGUCAAAACCCGCCUGCAAAGCGACUUCUACAAAAAGCAGCUUCUGGAACGACGAGCGGCACAUGGAACCGUUAAGAUGGGAAUAGUGAAAAGUGGCUUCGCCCACUUUGCGGAUACCUUUCAUAUUCUCACCAACAUCUACCGAAUUGAGGGUCCAAAAGCGCUAUUCAAGGGACUGGGUCCUAACCUUGUUGGUGUCAUUCCCGCAAGAGCUAUAAACUUCUUCAUGUACGGCAACGGAAAGCGCAUCAUCGCCGAUAACCUGAAUGGCGGCAAAGAAGCUGCGUGGGUACAUGUCACUGCAGCAAUUACAGCAGGGAUAACCACCUCGACAUGCACGAACCCUAUCUGGCUCAUCAAAACUAGGCUGCAACUGGACAAACAAAAGGCUUCAACAGAUGGCGCUGCAAGUCGCCAGUACAAGAACAGCUUGGAUUGUUUCAUGCAAACCGUCCGGAACGAAGGUGUGCGGGGUUUAUAUCGUGGUCUGAGUGCAUCUUAUCUUGGUGUCGCAGAAAGUUCUCUACAGUGGGUAGUGUACGAGGAGUUGAAGAGAAGGAUAGCGGAACGAAGUGCUAGACGGCGGUUGAUCGAUCCUGAACCGACGAGUAUGGACGUAUUCAUUGAGUGGGCGGGCAAAUCGGGAUCUGCCGGUAUAGCGAAGGUAUUUGCGGCUGGUAUCGCAUAUCCUCAUGAAGUCAUUCGGACGCGUCUGCGACAAGCGCCGAUGGAGAAUGGAAAGCAAAAAUACACCGGUUUGGUGCAGUGUUUUAGAAUAGUACUGAAGGAAGAGGGUGUGGCGGCUCUAUAUGGUGGUCUGACGGCGCAUAUGAUGAGAGUCGUGCCGAACGCGGCAAUCAUGUUCGGCUCCUACGAGCUAUUCCUUAGUCUAGUAUCGUGA